AGCGUCAUCAGUCUUGCGUCAUCAUUGGGUCAUGUGCGUCAUGUGUGGCUAGCUAGCAACACCUCGCAGCGGAGAAAGCUUGGGAUGGCGGGGGAGAGGAGCGGAGAGGACAUUGUUUCAGAGUACCUGGGCCAGAACCCGCAGCUAGCCCAAUGGGUCGACACUUUAAGAGACUACUGUGAGAGCAACAAACAGUGGGUUGCUCGGAGAGAGUUCAUCGUGAGAAAUAUGGAGACCUUCCCUACAGUGAAGCCAGGGGUUCCCAGCAGCAGUCUUGACAGGCUGCUCUCUCUGUCCAUGGUAUGGGCCAAUCACGUUUUCCUCGGUUGCAGCUAUCCACAGGCUGUAAUGGACAAGAUCAAGGAGAUGGGUGAGGGGAUAGUUGUCCAAGACGCCCCAGUUCACAAAACAACAAAAGAUGGAAUCAUGGGCAGAGGAAAGCGGAGUGCUACAGGUGAAGGCGAUACUGACAGCUGUUUGAAAAGAGCCAAAUGUGGGGCUAACGAGCUUGACAGUCGACCUGCUGGGAGGACUGCUACGUGGGCUGUGGGUCAGAAAUCAGGACCUCCUCCACAGGCUCCAGCAGAUCACCAGCCCUUCUUCAACCGUCUCUACAAGGCGGUGGCCUGGAAGUUGGUGUCGGCAGGGGGCUUUGGUCCCAACUUGGACCAUUUUGAAAUACUCCGUUCCUGUGUAGAGUCAUGUAAAGAGACCCUGGCCUGUGUGUUUGUGCCACUGAAGGACAUCGCAGGCCUACCCGCAGGUCGCACGCAGAAGGAAGGCCACGUGUGCGAGAUUCGCUGUCAGACUGUGUACAUGGGAACAGGAUACGGGCGGGAUGAGUCCGCAGCCAAGGCCAUGGCUUCCAAAGAGGCCCUGAAAGUCUUUCAGGGGCGAAAAGUAACAGUUAAGAUCUGCAGACGGAGGUACAAAGGGAAAGAUGUGGAGGAUUUGGUGUUGCUGGACGAACAGCCUCGGAGUCAGGGCUUUCCUCCUGCACUCAGCUACCCUUUUCAGGACGAGCAGCUGGAAGAUGCUUCUUCAUAAAGCUGACAAUUUGUGAUGUUUGCCCUUCUGGGCGCACAGACAAGUGACAUUUACUGAAUGGAGCUACUGAAGAAAUUCAUGACUGAGUCAGGACUAGACUGUUAUGUACCAUAACAUCAUAAUUAGACUUGGGAAUCAUUGAGUAACUUAGACUUUGGUAUCAUAAUACAGGUGACACAAUGUUAGACAACUAUCUGGGAUACAUUAUUAAAACAACAAGAAUUAAUCUUAUACUGUAUUGACUACAUUUUUAACCACAUUCAGUUUUACAUUGUUUUAUAGACAAUAAAAUGAUGUGAAUAAAGUUGCAGCAUUAUAUAAAGUCAAACGGCCACAAACUGGUAAAAAGCUCAACUCCCAGACGACUAAAGAGUUAAAAUAAAGGAAAGUCACCAUAUUAUUGUAGGAGAAUGUCAUUGGAUUAUUUGGAUGUGAUUUAUUUGUCGCAACAAAAUGACUAUUGGCCAUCACCUGAUAUUUGGAGUAUUCGUGUGUAUAUUUUUCCCAUUUGUGCGUUCGUGUCAUGACAAGUUUUGUUCUGGUGAUUUCACAAACCGUAACUGGGUGCAGUCACGCCUACAGCUUGAUUUAAUUUAUCAACAAUUAACAAACCACAGUUGAUAACUUUAACUUUUCCUUUAUCUUUGUACCCAUUAAUACAGUCACUGUCAGUUUUUCUAAACAUGAUUGACUUGACUGUAGUGUUCAUACAAUUAGAAAUCCAGACUUUAUUUUGAUAUUUCAGUUUUUCCGACCAUAAGUGACUUUUGGAUGAUUUUUUUUUUUUCUCUAAUUGUAACCAUUAACCCUUGCAUUUUAUAGUUUUUCUGUAACAGGUUGAGUUGGCAGGGUCAGUUAUUUGGUGGAUCCUGUGUUUAAAUCUCAUUUUUCUUACUUAGCCAGAAAAUGUAACUUGUGGAGUAAAAGUUAAGAUCACAUAGACCGCUCCAAACGUUGUUGUUGUUAUGAUGUUGACUCAAGGUGUUUAAAAGGGGUUCACUCAGUCCAGUUCUUCAGAAAACUAGGAAACUGUAAUCUGCUAACCAGUGAUUGAAAAAUAACUACACAUUUCUACAAAGAAAUUACCAAAGUGUUGAGUUUUUUUUAUUCCAGUAUGUUCAAAGAGAAGUUAAGGUGUACAUUAUACUUUUCAAUUUACAUGUUUUUCACCAAUAUUUUGCCAAUAACUAAUUACCCAUUAUACUGUUCACCGAAGUACAAAAGGUUUCUGCUUUUAUUUUAUUUCAUUUUCACAGAUUAAAAAAACACUGAAACCCAGA